GAAUUUCGGCCGUGGCUCGUCUUCUGCGCGCCGGUGUUGAUCUGCAUCGCAACAACAAGAUGAUCCAUCCACAAGACCAAAGAUCAUGGGAUCGGAGCAGGAUUUCAUUCUAGGAUGGACGCCGGAACAAAACCUCCUUGGGGAGCGUAGCAUGCAGGUGCAGAUGCAGAUGCAGCAGGCUACCACCGUUCUCAGCAGCAGCAGCAACCGGCCUUGGACGCUGUGGUGCCAUCCUGUCCCAGUAGUCUCCUCCCCAUCCCACGCCAAAAAUAAGAAGCAUGGCCUCCGACUCCGAGCAGGCAUGGCCAUGGCCUCCUCCGAGCUUCCUGACCUGAGCGCAAUACAACGCGUGGUGCUGGACAUCGAGGGCACCACGACGCCCAUCUCCUUCGUGGCGGACGUGCUCUUCCCCUACGCGCGCGACAAUGUCCGCCGCCACCUGGCCGCCACUUACGGCAGCAGCGAGGAGACGCGCGCUGACGUGGCCCUGCUGCGGGCGCAGGUGGAGGAGGACCUCGCGCAGGGCGUCGACGGUGCCGUGGCGGUUCCGCCGGAUGCGGAAGGGGAAGGGGAAGGCGCCGUGGUGGAGGCCCUGGCGGCGAACGUGGAGAGCAUGAUUCGCGCGGACAGGAAGGUGACGGCGCUGAAGCAGCUGCAGGGGCGCAUCUGGCGGCGGGGCUUCGACAGCGGCGAGCUGCGGAGCGAGGUGUACGACGACGCGGCGGACGCGCUGCGGCGGUGGCGUGCCAAGGCCUACAUCUACUCCAGCGGAAGCAGGGAGGCCCAGCGCCUCAUCUUCGCCAACACCGCUGCACACGGCGAUCUCCGCGACCACCUCUGCGGAUUCUUCGACACCACAAUAGGGGCCAAGCGCGAGGUUAGCAGCUACUACGAGAUCUGGCAGACUCUGGGCACGGACCGCCCCUCCCAGAUCCUCUUCUUGACAGACGUCUACCAAGAAGCCGCUGCAGCAAAGACUGCAGGCCUUGAGGUGAUAAUAUCUGUCAGGCCUGGAAACGCACCCCUCCCUGAUAAUCAUGGUUUUCACACAAUCACAUCAUUCGCUGAAAUCUCCAUCUGAACCUAGCCAGAAAUGUCUUGUACUAUACAAUCUGAUCCGAACAAUAUUCUACCGUACGCUAGCAGCACAGUUAGCAAAUGGUUUGGUUAGGUUUAAGGCAAGACAAUCUGGGGUGUAAAUAAAUGUGUAAUAGUCCCAAUCAAGCUAAUACUAUCAUGCUCCCAUUCCAUCCAAACCUGGAACAACAAUUUCAGAUGCAUAUACUACUACUUUACAUUUGUUCCUUUUCCUGCAUAAA